AUGUCUGAGGGUGCCACCGAAGCGACUGUAUCCUAUAACCCGUUCGAGAAACGGAAUCUCACGCACCCCACCACGAAUAUCGAUACUUUAAUACAUUUGAUCAAAGGUUCUCUCGGAUCAGGAAUUCUGGCAAUGCCAUUGGCAUUCAAGAACGCUGGUUUAUGGUUCGGCCUCGGAGCAACCAUUACUAUUGGUCUCAUCUGUACGUACUGUAUUCAUAUUCUAGUGAAGUGUGCCCAUCUGCUGUGUCAAAGAGAGCAGAUACCCUCGUUGUGUUACUCCGACGUAGCUGAAACGGCUUUUCUAGCAGGACCCGAUAAAGUUAAAAAGUACUCGUGGUGGGCGAGAUUUAGCAUCGAUCUGUUCCUGGUAGUGGAUCUUAUAGGCUGUUGCUGCAUUUAUCUUGUGUUUGUUGCAACCAACGUGAAGCAGGUCGUGGAUCACUACACCAAUAGCGACUAUAAUGUUCGGUUCUACAUUUUGUGCACGUUGGCCCCACUGAUAUGCAUCAAUUUAAUCAGAAAACUCAAAUAUCUUACACCAUUUUCGUUAAUUGCGAACCUUCUAAUGGGAACGGGUGUCGGCAUCACCUUAUACUACGCUACACAUGAUAUGCCAUCAGUUUCGGACCGACCAGCAAUUGCUGAGCUGAACCGUAUGCCUAUGUUCUUCGGAACAGUCAUUUUCGCUCUGGAAUGCAUCGGCGUCGUCAUGUCACUGGAGAACAAUAUGAAAACUCCGCAGAACUUCAUCGGUUGUCCCGGAGUACUAAACUUUGGAAUGGCCACUGUGGUAGUGCUGUACACCAGCGUUGGAUUCCUCGGUUAUCUCAAGUAUGGAGAUGAAACGAAGGGUAGCAUCACGCUAAACUUACCGGUGGAAGAUUUUUUGGCCCAAGCAGUUAAGAUUAUGAUUGCUGUGGCUAUCUUUUUCACAUACUCACUGCAGUUUUACGUGCCAAUGGAAAUCAUCUGGAAGAGGACUCAGCACAACUUUAAUGAACCUAGAGAUUUUGCUGAAUAUGCAAUCCGGAUUGGACUUGUGAUACUUACCGUAGCAAUCGCCGUCGCGCUUCCCAAUAUAGGCCCGUUCGUAACCCUGAUUGGAGCGGUGUGUCUCAGUACGUUGGGUCUGAUGUUUCCUGCAAUCAUCGAACUGGUUACCUACUAUGACGUACCAGGAUACGGAUGCUGUUACUGGGUUCUGUGGAAAAACAUUGCGCUUAUUCUGUUCGGUGUGAUUGGUUUCCUUACCGGAACAUACGUCAGUAUUGUUGAAUUUACCGAGAAUUUGGAAGAAGAUUUAAAAUCACUCAUUUAA